UUUACAACAAUGGCCUCUUGGUUUACCGUUGUGAAGUUCUUUUAAAAAAGACAUUGCAUGUAAAUAUAUUUACUUUAAAAUGUCCAGAAUUCAAGCAGAAAACGUUAUCAAAAAUGCCAUAUAUGAAAUAGUGAAACAAUGUGCUGCAAAAGAAAAAGUUGUGUCCGAAAAUUUAGUUGCAUUUGUGGUAAAAGCCAUAGUUUUAGAUGAUCGUAAUGGUUUCCAAGUUAAUCAAACGUCUGAAUAUACUUUUGCUGAAGAACUCAUUAAAAUAUGCGUUAAUCGGCUAUUGGAAAAGAAUUCUCCAUCACUUGAUACUUACCAAAUGCAAGUUUAUUUUGAUCUAAACUACACAAAACAGGAAGAAUAUUUUGUGGAAAAUAAAAUAGCUCUUGAUCAGCGCACACAAACCUUAGUUCGAGAAAUUACUGACAAUAAAGCAAGAACAAAAGAUGAGUUGGAAUUUCUUUAUGUACGUAUUGUUUCAUAUCUUAUACUUCGAUCUGGACUUGGAUCACCCACUGAUAUAAAUGUUGUCCGUGAAUCUACUGCUGCUCUUCGAAGUGUUUUUCCUCAAACUGAGUUAGGUUCAUUUUUGCAACUAUCGAAGCUAGAUAAAGAGAGGCAUUUGGUUGAACUAACUUCUAUUGUUACUGGGAUUAGGCUAUUUAAUAAAUCAGUUAACAAAGGAGGAGAGGCAAUUGAAGACAUUCCAGAUUUAUUACAGGAUGCCAUUUCAACUGCUCUAAAAAAUAUAUCAAAUGAAAUUACAAAGGUCACAAAAAAUGUCUUUCUUUACACAGAUGUGCUUGAAAGUGCUGCAAUAACCAGAAAAUAUCCAGCAACUUUGGAUUGGUUGAAAUUAAAGGAAGCCCAUUUUAAUACACGGCAGCAUGAACAUUUUUUGAAUAUCUUACAGCAUGAUGUUCAUGUUUGUCAAGGAAUUGUUCAAGUUAAAUUACAGAAAUAUGAUCAGAUGAUUGAAUCACUGAAAGAUACUGUUGCCUCAAAAACUGCUGUGCCAACUUCCCAGGUCUAUCCUUUGUUCAUAGAACUGGCACAAGUAUGGCAAGAACUUCAAAAUACAAUAUCCUUUAUCAGAUUACUUUCAAAUAUAGUUUUAAAUCUGAAACAAUUUGCUAAUACUCAUUUAGAAAUGUUUCCAGAUGAUGUUUUAAAGACAUACAUUUCCAGCAAUCCAAUUACUGAUGAAGAUAGAAUGAAAAUGUCUAGCUAUGAGAGCAAUAAAAUUAUUGCUUCAAAAAUUUGUAACGAAGAAAUAACAGUUAUCCACCCGGAAUCGACAAUGAAUUUUGGCGACCUGUCUAUAAACUUUAAGGGUUUUUGUCCUUGGAUGCUCCAUACUUAUGGCAUUCUAAUUCUUUCUAACCCAACAAAUGGAAUUUUAUGCUAUAAAAACAUGUACUAUGCCUUCUCAAAACCAGAGGCUGCUUAUUCUUUUUCAAUAAAGCCUGAUGAGUUUAUCGAGGGAAUACUAUGUCUUGCUAAAAAGUCUCCUGAACUAAUACUUCUUUUGGACCUCUACAAAUUUGAUAUCUUAACGUUUAGCCAAGCUCCAGAUAGUAGUUUAACAGACAAACCAAUCAUUAAAUGUGAUGUUGAUACUCAAACUGAAGUUCAUCCUAUCAAGUCAAACUUAGUUAAAUCAUAUGAAUGGAACGAAUGGGAAUUGCGAAGAAAAGCUAUAAAACUGGCAAAUUUACGUCAAAAAUUAACUCAUUCAGUGCAAACAGAUUUAAGUCAUUUCAGAAGAGAUAAUAUUUCGCAAGUUUAUCUGCCUAAAGACACUGAUACUCAGACGUCACAUGAAAGUAGCACAAAUGUGCCAAAACAUGCUGCAUUUUUGAGUGGUCUAAGGGGUUGUCAGUCGAAAAGAACUAACAUGGUGAAAGUUGAUCUUACAGUUGACAUUGAGCAGACAUAGUUGUAUCUCUUUUUAAUAAUGUAGUACAGAGGUUGUUAACCUAUAUUUGUUCAUACCGCUUAAAGAAUGUUUAAAGAUAUUUUUAAACCUUCAAGAA